CAACUCUUGGAUAGGCACGUGGAAGAUAGUACAAUGAAGAGUAUGUAGAUUAGUUUGAUUUUAAACUGGGGUAUAAGGUCGACACUCCAUCGAGGGCCAAAGGAAGGGCCUAUACUGUUGUAUUCGUCUUGGUUUAAAAAAAAAGUGCUGCGGGACCUUUUACAUCCACGUUACAGAAUAGAGGAAACCUUGCUUGAACAGCUAACUUGUUAGCACCUCUAAUAGGUUCACAGUUCUUCACCCUCAAAUUAGAUCACUGCUUCCCAAACUUCCACUCCCGCUGUCCUAUUACAAGGCUUGAAGACGAUCAUGUACGAGGAAGACAAGACCAGGAAGUGGGGAAUACAGCCUUCUUGAUCCUCCUUUUAGGAAGUUCUGAUCCAGAUUUUGUGCUCAGGUUUCUAGGUGUAGAUCAAGACUCCACUGAGAUACAGCUGACAUGAAGGAAGAUGCUUUCUGAAGUUGAAUUAGCACCAGAAUGUGAAAAACAAUCCGGAAUUCUAACCAUGCAAUCAUUAAGUUUAAAAAAACACUACACGUAACUUUUUAAACCAAGUAUCCAUAGAAAGUCAACAACGCCUGUGUUUCAACAAGAACAUUCUGAAUGUUACAACUUCCAUGGCGACCCAUUUCACAGUAUCAGCUCCUAUUCUUGACAGCCUCUUAAUUUCUUGAAGAUUUACGCAUCACUUUGAAUUGCUCGCUAUGUUUCAUAAUAAAUUCUUUUUAUCUUCAAAAACUCAGCUGUUUUCGAUUUCAUGCCUCAUUCACGCACCAGAGCUGAACAUACAUUUUACAAAAAAAAAUUAAAAAUAACCUCUACCCAACCUAAUUAGAAUCCUAGCACCCUCCCUAUAUUCACUGCGAGAGGGCCCCCCGCUGUUCAUUGUUCACUCGUGAUUAACGUGGUGCAGAACAUUGGUGGAUUUAGAGACAUGGAUUCAUUGAAUGAGACCCUAGUAAAAGAUAAUUUAGUAUCAACUGUAAUUGGAAGCUCAGAAUCUGAAGAAAAUGGUGCAUUACGUGAAAUAGAGUCGCCUGAAUCCCCAUCCUCAGAACCCACCUGCAAGAAACGUUGUGUGGAUGCAUUAUUACAUAGUGACAUUGAACGGAUGAGAAGGGAACGCAUUAAAGAUUGCUGUGACCAGUUACGAAUGCUGCUGCCUUAUGUGAAGGGUAGACGAACUGAUGUGGCAUCCAUUCUGGAGAUGACUGUGGAAUAUAUGAGAUACAUUUAUGGUAGAAUACCAAGCAAUGUUAUAUCACAGAUUAUUGAAAUCUUUCAGACAAAUACAAGAUAUUGUAAGUAUGUAUGGAAACCAAAUGAUCAUAAAUAUUCUCAAAAUCAGUUGCCACCCAGGAUUGGUUUAAAACCGAGGAAGAGUAUCUUCAUGGAUGAUUCUUCAGAAAAAGUAAAACUGAAUGCACAGUUUGCUCCGUACCAAUAUAUGGAAAAUGAAUAUUUCAAUAAUUACAGUACAGUUGCUGCAGGUCACAUGAUGUACAACAGCAGAGUUAACGAGGCUGCAUUUGAAACAAAUCAAUACUGGGUUCCUGCUACAGAAAGAUUAGUUCCACAAAUUCAGACUAAUACUUUGUCUCCAAUUAUUCCUCCUUCAACUUUUUUUCCUAGACCAUAUGAUGUUCAAAAUCUUUCACUCCCUAAUCUAACAAAUAUCUCAAUCUUCCCUUCUGUUCUGUGCCCUAAUGAUUCUUAUUCAAUAUUUGCAGAUUCUAAUGGAAGUUUGUGGUCCGCUGGUAUUGCCAGAUCUGAUAUCGGAUCCUCUCCUUUUCUAUCUUCUAGUAAUUGCUCAAAUUAUUUAUCUUCACUUCCUUCAGAUUAUUCUGCCAACCCUGUUUCUAUAGUUUCCACCUCUCCUGCACAGACAGCAGGAAGAAACAUUCAGCUCUGUCCUGUUGACACACCCUCUUCAUCGGUAAUUCUAUCCAAUAGCACAAAUCAUACACAACCUACUGUCUCAGCUGUAUUUCCAGCAAAACCUCUUGCAACAGAUUGGACAACCAAUGGAGAAUGACCAAGAAUGGAAGAAAGAGCUACGUAAUUGAUUACAUUAUCACUCGAAGGUUUGGAUCCUUCAGGGCUCCAUGAGGUCUUAUGUUCUUAAUAGCCAACUUUUUCUUGUUAGCUUUCAUUUCCCUGAAGUGUAUAAUUUGAUACUAGCAAUGCUAACAAUAUCUAAUGUAUAAGCAGUUUCCAAUAUGUUGUGUAAUCUACCCAGUUUGUUUAGUUGCUGUACUUUGUUUAGCAGCAAUAAUUUAGUGUUAUUGUGAUUUUUUUGAAACCGAAUAUUAAUUAUAAAUGCAAAUAAAGGGUUGUGAUUAUUAGAAACUUUAUUGCUAAAAUGCAUAAAAAAUUGCCCCCUAGAAAGAAGUCAAAGCCUUGAUGGAGAUUAUAAAUUCUUUCUUUAGCUUUUAUUUGCUUGGCAAUUGAUGAGUUUUCCAAAUAUAAGCAAAAAGAGAACUGUGUAUAUUUUUUUUCCUUGAUCACUUAUAUAAUGGAUAGAUGAGUGUGUAAUUCGAGUGAAGAUUUAACAUUUGGACUGCACAAAUGGAGCACAAUGUACUUUUUUAUUUCUGUAUAUCUGACAAUUUAUUAUGUUCAGCAACUGUAUGACCAUGGCUCAGGUUCAUUGAUUCUUGGGAAAUAAGUAAGUAUUUCAAGUUCCUUUCUUAUAUUAAGUUGUCACAUUACACUGAUGUUCAAUAAUUAAC